UCUCACACACAGACCUCCCAGCCGCAUGGUGUCGCUAUAGAGCUGCACGCAGGUGAACACAGACCUCCCAGCCGCAUGGUGUCGCUGUAGAGCUGCACGCAGGUGAACACGGACCUCCCAGCCGCAUGGUGUCGCUAUAGAGCUGCACGCAGGUGAACACAGACCUCCCAGCCGCAUGGUGUCGCUAUAGAGCUGCACGCAGGUGAACACAGACUCCACUAACUCGCUGCUCCCUGACGGUUUCCGGAUAUGGGACGUCACAUCCGGCUUGGUUUGUCUUGGUGGAGCGGUGCUGUUUCCCAUCCGAGCGCUCGUGGCCAUCCGGCAGGAUGUCUCAGCGGGAAUGGGGCGUUGUGGCGGAUGUGCAGAAACACUCUGUCCACACCCUGGUGUUUAGAUCUUUGAAGAGGACUCAUGACAUGUUUGUGGCCGACAAUGCUAAGCCAAUCCCUAUAGAUGACAAGAGCCACAAGCUGAAGAUGUGUGUGAAGUUACGCACUGAAUAUGGACCUGUGUUACACAUGCCUACUGUUAGAGAAAAUCGUGAAAAGGGACCCUUGGGGGAUCCAUAUGAACUUUACCCUAGUAUUCAAGGUCUGGAAUCUGAAUACAUGGUAACCGGAACACACCCAUACCCCUCAGGACCAGGUGUAGCCUUAACAGCCGACACUCAGAUCCAGAGAAUGCCUAGUGAAUCGGCAGCACAAUCCUUGGCACUGGCGCUUCCUCCUUCACAGGCAAGACUGGAUGCCCAUCGCAUUGCUCCUGGUAUUGGAGAUAUUUACAGACAGGCUGGACAUCCUGAGCGUUCACAGCCCCCUGGUUUGGCUUCUAUGGAGUCUGGUGGAAUGAAGAACUCUGCAUUAAUGGCAAAGAAAGCACCAACUAUGCCCAAACCACAGUGGCAUCCGCCUUGGAAACUGUACAGAGUCAUCAGUGGUCACCUGGGGUGGGUGCGUUCUAUCGCAGUCGAACCUGGGAACCAGUGGUUUGUCACAGGCUCAGCCGAUAGAACAAUAAAGAUCUGGGAUCUGGCAAGCGGUAAAUUAAAGCUGUCCUUAACUGGACACAUAAGCACUGUCCGGGGAGUGAUUGUAAGUACCAGGAGCCCGUAUUUGUUUUCUUGUGGCGAGGACAAGCAGGUGAAAUGCUGGGAUCUGGAAUAUAAUAAGGUCAUAAGGCAUUACCACGGUCAUUUAAGUGCAGUCUACGGGUUAGACUUGCAUCCCACCAUUGACGUGCUUGUGACUUGCAGCAGAGAUUCCACAGCACGGAUCUGGGAUAUAAGAACGAAAGCCGGUGUGCAUACACUUGUCGGACAUACCAAUGCUGUGGCAACAGUACGAUGUCAGGCUGCUGAGCCUCAGAUCAUAACAGGAAGCCACGAUACCACAAUUAGGCUGUGGGACAUGGUGGGUGGAAAGACUCGCGUCACACUGACAAAUCACAAGAAGUCUGUCAGAUCCGUUGUAUUACAUCCACGACAGUACACAUUUGCAUCUGGGUCACCAGAUAAUAUUAAGCAGUGGAAAUUCCCUGAUGGAAACUUCAUCCAGAACCUCUCCGGUCACAAUGCCAUAAUAAACACGUUGGCUGUCAACUCUGAUGGAGUGCUGGUGUCAGGAGCUGACAAUGGAACAAUGCACCUAUGGGACUGGCGGACAGGUUAUAAUUUCCAGAGAAUUCACGCUGCUGUCCAGCCGGGCUCUCUAGACAGUGAAUCUGGUAUAUUUGCAUGCACCUUCGACCAGUCAGAGAGCCGAUUAAUCACUGCCGAAGCCGAUAAAACAGUCAAAGUCUACAGAGAGGAUGAUACCGCGACUGAAGAAACCCAUCCAAUCAACUGGAAACCUGAAAUUCUCAAAAGGAAAAGAUUUUAACAAGCUGCGUCUGUAAUAUUUUUUGUUCCAGUUUGUUUAUCAUAGUUUGACAUAGCAUGGAUUCAGUUUCAAACAUCAAACCUAAAAAUGGCUGCGGCCUUUAUCUUUCAUCACUGUAUCCAAGUACAUCCUGUUAUGGCUAUUUCUUCGAAGAUCCCUGGAAGCUGUCACACUUUAGAAAAAGUAGAAACCUUUGGCUUCCUGAUGUAGGAAACAAAACCCGUUGUGUCUUUUUAAAGACUAGAGCACGUUGUGAGCGGACAUACAUACGUAUUGCAAUUUUUCAGUACAGUCAUUUUUGAUAUUGUCAUCCUCAAAUACAUAAUUUUAUUUUUAUUUGCAUAUUUAAAGUGGAUUUAAGGCUCUGUUCAUGCCAUGUUUGCAUCCUAUUGAAAGACAUCUUAAAAAAAAAAAAAAAAAAAAAAAAAAAAAAAAAAUUGUAGUCAGACACAAGUACCCUUUUAAAUGGGUUGGAACAGGUUGGCUAUCCUUAUUGCGAUUUAACUUUGGUUUUACAAAAAGAGCCCACGUAAUUUUUUUUGCCCCACAAAAAGUACCUUUCAACAGGAUGCAACAGGGCUUAACUUUUUUCUGCAGCCAUCCAGUUUUUUUUUCCAUUCAGGAAGUGUUUUUAUAUUUCCUUUGUCCCAAUAAAACAUAUGCCUGAGUCUA